GCCGCGGAACCCUGGCGAUAACAGGCUCGUCAUGGCGGACUGUGACGGAGGAGUACACGACCUGGAGAAAACUGGUCCCAUACACCGCACUGGGACUGAUAACGGGAAGGAGAUGAAUACCAUUUCCAGAUCCGGUUCACAGACUGUCUCUAACUUAAUCACCAAAUCACAAUAUUGUGAAAAGCUGCAGGAGUGGAUGUGGCAGUAUUACUGUGGAUAUGUGCACUGGCAGAGCUGGGCGACUGGCUUUCCUUCUCCUGCCUGCUUUCCAACACAAGCAGCGAGUCCCAGCCUGAGAGCGCCAGCAUGGGGGGCGGAUGUGCCGAACCCGCACCUGCGCACCUGGACCACUCAUUCAUCUGCUGUCCCUUUUUCUUCAUUUCCGUCCUUUCCAGUCCCCACUGCCACUACGCCUGCUAAUAACGCGAGUGAAGGACAGCUAGAGAUUAAUGACCCUAGGCAGACUGUUCCUGUCCCCCAGCAGCCAGGUCAGGAAUAUUUUAUUCCCUCUCCACUCCACCGCUUCCUGGCUGAGAUGGUGGACUUCUUCAUCCUCUUCUUCAUCAAAGCAACCAUCAUCCUAAGCAUAAUGCACCUGAGUGGAAUGAAGGACAUAUCGAAAUUUGCCAUGCACUUCAUUGUGGAAGAAAUAGAUGAAGAUACAUCAAUGGAGGAACUGCAGAAAAUGAUGCUUGUGGCUCUUGUGUACCGGAUAUUGGUGUGCUUCUAUGAGAUUAUAUGUAUUUGGGGAGCUGGUGGAGCCACUCCAGGGAAAUUUCUGUUUGGCCUGCAAGUGGUCACGUGUGACACUUCUGUCCUGGUGCAGCCCAACCGAGUGCGUGUGGUGCCUGCGACUGACAUCAGUCUGUCAGCGUCAACCAUCCGAGCCCUAAACAAAAAUUUCUCCAUUGCAUUUUUUUUCCCGGCGUUUAUCACGCUGCUCUUUUUCCAGCACAACAGAACUGUGUAUGAUAUUGUGGCAGGGACUAUAGUGGUGAAGAGAAACAGGCUCAGGUGAUAUGUGUGGAUCUUACCUGCUGAGAAAACAACUCCAUAUGAAGAACUGAUCCACCGGGUCACCGGAAAGAGAGAGAAUGAGGAAAACUUCCGAGCGGUCGAACAGAGAACUGUUUGACAUCAAGUAUUUUUCACUCCAGGUACACAGAGGGAGCUUUUGAAUGAUUUGCUGCAGCGAGUGAUUUUUUUUUUUUUUUUGCCACUUGGCAUAUACAACGUGAAUUUUUUGUUUUUUCAAGAAUUUCAUAACAUGCAGUGGAAUGAGUAACAUGCAUAUUCCAGUAAGUUUAAGUUUUCUUUGCUAAUUACUGUAUUUAGAAUGUUCUGUGUCUGAUUUGAAUAUCAGCAGAAUUUAAACUGGAAUAAAUGCACUCAAAAUGAGCAAGUCAGUCACAAUUAUCUAAAGGUUUAUCGCCCUGAAAGACAGAAUAAUAAUAAUUAUUAAUAAUAAUAAUUUAGGGUUUUUUUUUGGAUUUUUUUUGUCACUUCCUUUCUUAAGUAAUAUAUAUAUAUAUAUAUAAUUACACACACACACACACACACACACACACUGGACUAAUGACUAAUUAUUGUAUGUAUAAUUUUUUUUUAAAUCUCCAUUAAUACUUCGAAUGGCCUCAUCCUAGAGCUGAACAAUUCAGAUCAAGGCCUUUGUCAUAGUAAUUUGGCAAAACAUCAUUCAUUAAAAAUAACAAAGUUCCUCAUUUAUUUUACUCAAUUUAUUUUAGGUGGCUGUGCCUUUAUUGUGCCUUUAAUAUAAAUGUGCUAAUAAAUUUCUCCAGUAUGUAAA